UGCAAUAUGGUUGAUGCAUAUAAAAUACAAACUGUGUAUAAAUUAGUUUUUAAAUUUUUAGAAAAAAAUAAUUAACUAUAAGCUGUUAUUAUAGUGAUUAGAUCUUAAACAAAAUUAGAAAAGGUUAUUUUUAUUUUCAUAGGAGCAUUUAAAAAUAAUAUCAUGUCUACCCGAUGGUAUCCAAUUUAUCAAAGAGGCAAUCCUCAACUACGUAUUUUUUUGCCAAAUUUUUGGAUGAAAUUAGUACGACCAGAAGAAAAACAACCAAAAAAUGUGGUCCAAUUUAUGGUACCCACUGGAAUGACAAAUUAUGAUAUAGAGAAUUAUUUAAAAAAAAUUUAUAAAAUUAAUGUUGUUAAAGUUGAAUCCAGUAUUGAAAAUGGUAAAAUCAAAAGAGCGAUUUUCAACAAAUACGGACCUAUUGUAAAAGAAGAUGACUUCCGACGAGCAUUUGUUACAAUGCCUAGAGAUCAAGAAUUUGAAUUUCCUGAUGUAUGUACUACAGAAGAGUUUAAAAAACGUACCUCAGAAGAUGAAAAAUCAAGCAAAAUUAGCCAAGAUUUGUACAAAGACUAUUUGAAAAAACAAGGAAACCGUCCUGGAUUACCUGGCUGGUUUUCUUUUUAAGAAUCAUUGUUACAUUUUUAACUGUGUAAAUAUAUAGCAUAUGUCUAUUCUGAAAUUAUUAGAAUUAGAUGUUUUAUAA